AUGAGCGCGGAGCAGUCAACGCCGGGGACGUUUAAAAAUGCCACGUCGCAGAGUCCCACUAGCGUGCUUGUUGCAUACGCCGACACGUACUUUGGCAAACGUCUGGUUCAACAGCUCAAUCGGGACGGCGUCGGCGACAGAGCGGGGAGACGCUACAAGCUGUUCCUGUGCACCUGGGAGAAGGACGGGGUGCAGGCGUUCGUUGAUGGGGGAGUUGCCGCGGCCCCCGGCAUGGAGGAAGAGGCGGACGGGGCUGCGGCUGCCUUGCAUAGCACUGCCGGUGACGCAAAGGAUCCAGCGAGCGGAGUGGCAACAGUCCAGUUGACGCCACCGUCGGUGGCCACUACGGCGCCUGGGCAUGACCAGAAAAACCACCCAACGCGCGUUUUCUGGCGGGGGGACUCGCGGGCAGUGCGUCACGCGAUCCUUCAAGCGGACCACAUCGUGAUGGAGAUGCGCCAGGCACAGGAUGUGUUUGACAUGAUGCAUGUGCUCAGCUCCAAAGAGCAGCUGAAGCGGAAACGCGUCAUUGUCGUCUCCUCCUUCUUGACGUGGUACGCGACACCGCCGAUGCAGCUGGAUUCUGUUGAAGAGAAGGACGGGAAAAACACUGCCAAAAACGAAGACAAUUUUGAGGAGGAAGAGGAAGAAGUGGAAGAAGAACGCGAAGAAGACCCUCGACCGCUUGAUCAACGCGAAGUGGAUGCCAUUCUUGGACAGUUUUACCAUCCCGGAGGAGGCGACGACGACAACAAUAAUAACAACGCUAUUGACGACAACGACAACGAGUAUGAACUUAACGUGGAGCUCUUCACGGAAGACCAGUACAACCGUCGUAUUCCACACGCCAAGUACUACAAUUGGCGCGAGGCGGAACGUGUUGUGGCUAGUGGGAACUCCGAUGAGCGAAACAUACAGACCUGCGUCGUUUUUGCGGGACUGCAAUAUGGAGAAGGUGAGGAUGCUCUUGAACCCUUUUUUGCGCAGGUGUGGAAUCGUGAAAAAAAGGGACUUCCUAUUUACGGCGACGGUACACAAAUUGUGCCAACGGUGCAUGUGCGUGACCUUGUGACCUUUACGCGACGACUGAUUGAGGCCGAGGAACCACCUGCCCUACCGUAUGUAUUUGCAGCGGACUCCGGAACGGUUUCGUGGCAACGCAUGGUACACGCAAUGAAUCAUGCGUUCGGCGGUGAAAAGACGUUUCAUGUACCACCUGAAGACUAUGUUCUUUACAACAAUGUUGAGCUCUUCACACUAAAUAUGCGUGUGGAUAACCAGACGAUGCGAGAUUUGAUGCCAGCUGACGAAGAUUGGGUGGCGCAGUCCGGUUUUGUUGCCAGUAUUUCCAAAACUGCAUUUGAGUAUGUCGCGUCCCAUAAUUUGCAGCCUAUUCGCAUCAUUCUGCUUGGUAUGCCGCUUUCAGGAAAGACGUACCUGGCCGAAGCGUUGGCGCGGCGGCACUACAACUUGCCGACGUUCACAAUGGAAGGGGUGCUGGAGGAGUAUAAGGCGUACAUUGCCGCGUUAAAAGAGAGACUCGAUACUUUCCGGCGGCGCCUGUACGACGCGGAGAAGAAGAGGCGAGAAGAAUCAAAGAAGCGGGCCUUUUUGCGGCACCGCACGAAGAAAGAUGAUGUGGACCGAAACGACGAGGAGGACCAGGCGGUGGUGGAGCGGGAGACUGCAAACGCAGGGAUGCAGCGAGAGGGUGGCGUCAACGACACCUUCGAAGCGGAUGAAGUCGCAGGCGGCACGAAGGGGCUACGCGGUGCAGAUGACAUCAAUGAAGAUAGUGACAUGGAGGAAGAUCCGGUUGGCUUUGCCUUGACGGAGGAGGAGCACCAUGCCGUGGAGGAACUUGUAGAGGAAUGGUUUCAGCAGAAUGAUCGAGCCACACAACUACGCGAGGUUAUCGCGUCGAUGGAGCGGGUGCUUGCAAUGAAGGUGAGAGUGCAACCGACGGCAAACGCCGACGCGCAGAACGCCAUGAAUCCAAAAAAGAGGAAGGAGCAGGCAAAGUCCAAACGUGGAAAUCGUUCAGGAAACAAAAAACAUGCCAUGGAAGAAGAAGAUACAUCGACCGAGCUGCAAGAAAAUGCGCCGUUUCAGGACAAGGCACUUGCACUGAUGAUGCGAUGGCGUCUAUCGCGUGCAGAUUGCCGUAAUCAAGGCUAUGUGAUGGACGGCUUCCCAGAGACUCUGGCGCAAGCACGUCUUGUCUUUGGUGAGGAGCCACUUGACAUUCCAGAGACCAUUGAAGAAGCCGUUGCGGCGGGAACCCCAAAUUCCACUGGCAACUUUUCAGGACCGGGAACCCGUGAGGCGAACGUCCCCCCUCCCACCACAGAGCCGUGCGACGAAGCACGGUUGCCAUCCUUUGUUUUCGUGCUCGACGCCGCCGAAAAUUAUCUGCUUGACCGCUUAACGGCGCUUUCGAAGACGCUGAAUGAGACGCCUGGAAACGAGGAAAAACGCCUUGCACGCUUUGAGGAGGCAAUGACGCUCUACCGAAGGCAGUUUGUUGAUACAGAUUACUCCCUCCCAGACUUUUUUGAGUGUGCCCGUACCGUGGCGAAGACGCUCACACCUGGUGGCCGCGGUGUGAUUGUGUCGUUUUUAAAGGUCGAUGCGGAGCCGCUGUUGUCGCCGCCUCGGCCAGAGUCUCAAUACGCCGUCGCGCCGCUCAGCAACGUGGAACAAAUCGUCUGUGAGCGUGUGGGGAAGCCGCGCAACUUUGGACCUACACCACAGCAAAAGUACCAAGAGGAGGUGCGACAGCGCAAGUUUCAGGAGGAGGAGCGUCAAAAAGAACUCAAGGCGGUUAUGGAGCAGCGCGAACGUGAAAAGCAUGAAUAUAUGCGUGAGACCGAAGAACGCUCGCACGUAGAAAAUACACGUCAGGAGAUUGAGGUGAUGGACCGAAACUCAUUAGAGCAGCGAAAGCUUCCUCUGCGCGAGUACCUUCAGCAUAACAUUGUGCCACUGCUGAGCAAGGGCCUGGUGGAGGUCUGCAAGACGCGCCCGGAAGACCCUGUGGACUUCCUCGCAGAGUGGCUGAUGCGUCACAAUCCACUGGAUGAUUCUUGCUUCGAGUUGUAG